GCUCAAAGCUGACCCUAAUAUAUAAAAGUCAAAUGUUAGUCGAUAGAGAUAUCAAUAAAAGAGAUUAUAUAUUUAUGGUUAGUCAAGUUAUUUAACUUUUUAAAUUAUUACGACAGUACAUUUCUUAGUGUAAAAAGCCUUAAGUUUAAUUAAACAUUCAUAUCAAUCAAAGUGCAAUAAACGGGACUAAUAUUCUAAUUUCUAAAUGUUGCCCUCUUUAUAUACAUUGCUAGCUCUUUUUCUUUUUUUUCUUUUUUUUUUCCACAUAACAAUAGAAUUAAAUAAACGAAAAUAAUCACAAUUUGGAACAAUUUAAAACGCUUUGUUUAUUGCAGAUGAUUUUAUUGGAAUAUAUUUGUUUUUUUUAAAAUGUUAAAAUGUUAAACAGUUUAGAUAAAAUGAAACUUAACUGAAGACUGUUGAUCAAAAAAAUAUUCGCCAAGGCUUUAAUAAGAUAUCAAACUUGUUCAGUGUCUCAGUUUACUGUUAUUCGAGUAGCACGUCGUAGGUUCGCUUAGAUAGCCUUUGUUUUUUAUCAGUUUUGUUAAUUUUAUUCGAGAGACAUAAACAUACUUAUUAUUUGUGAAAAUUCCGGUUAAAUAAAGUUCUUUCAUUUUUUAUUCCGUUAGAAGUCACACAAAAAUCAUGGUGUCUUUUUUUACCAACCUAGUAGGGGAGCGGGGGCUUGGGUGCAUAGUUUUACUUUUCUUAUUUUUGAUAGAAUUGUACGUGGCUUUUUGCUCCAAAAUAACAAAUUAAUGAAAAAAACAUGUUAAAUAUUAAAGAAGAAACUUGUCAAUAUCAAUUGAAUUUAAAGAAAAAUUACAAAACAAAACAUAGAUAUUAAAAUACGAAUUUCUUGAACAAAGUUAUGUCCUAAGUUGUGCAUUAUGUCCUUUUAUAAAUUUCUGUAUUAAUAUAGACCUUUUUAUUCUGAAUUAUUAAAACUUGAAAAAAUUGAGACUUUUCUCUGAUGAACUAUUUUGAUGUUAAACUUUGUUAACAAAUUUUAAUGUUAAAAGGAUUUAGAUUUGUUUUGGAGGAAGAACAAAAAAGUGUGGCCAUGGAGUGCUGGAACGCGAUUACUAGAGAAUUCAACUUUCCUAGAUUCAGAUGAAGAGUCAAUAUAUACUAUACGCCACAAAACUGAACCGCAGAAAUUCAUCGUUUGACGGAAAUGUAUUUACAGAAAGAAACUUCAAGCAAGGUGUUUUUGCAAGAAGAAAAGUCACUAAAGUUUCCUGAGGUUCUUAUUUGCAAUCUGAACCCAAUUAAAGACAAAAUGAUCGAAAAGUUUUUACGACAAGGAAAUGAAGCUCAUGUAGAACUCUUUAAGAAGAAUUGGUCAAGUCUGGAGUACCUUCAUUACGCGUUAGUACGAAAAAUAGGACUUGAUUCUUUUCAAAGUAACUACUCUAACAAUAUGAGAGUCAGAUGUGACUGGAUGGGCAAAAAUUGUUCCUACCUUGCUGAGAAUUACUUUGAUAUUUAUCAUGGGAACUGUAUCAAUCUUAACCUUGACAAAUUGAACAUUGAAGUGACAAAUAAAGGACUGCAUCAAAGUGCUAAACUCUCAAUAGAAGCUCCCUACAGUUCUAAAUUUCACGAGUAUAACAUCAGUCAUUUUCGUGGUAUUCAAAUCCUUAUCCAAGAAACUGAGACGUUGUAUUAUCCUUUUGCAGAUGGGUACACCUUAUCGGCUGGAUUUAGACACAAUAUCGCCUUAAAGAAAAGCGUUAUUAAAAGAAUCGAUCGUUUCGGUAACAACACUUGCAUGAAAGAAAGCUGGGUAAAAGAAAAAUCAUUCAGUUUUGAACUCCCGAAAUCAUUGUUUUUUCACGAUAAAUUUUUUUGUCAAGAACUUUGCACCAUAGAUGAUGAAGUUAAACAGUGCGGUUGUUCGAAGACGGCGGAAAUUUUAUUGGUAAACGCAAGUCUUCUUUGCAAAAUAAACAAUACAUGCAUACAGAAUGUCAACUAUGACGCAAAGUGCCUUCAUCAAUGUACUCCGCCCUGUUAUGAAACAAAUUACAAUCUCGACAUAUCAAGUUACAUAGCUAAUGAUUAUCAAUCAAGCAAUUCGAUGGACAUUGUAAAUUUACAAAUUUUCUACCGAGAUAUGAGGACAGAAAUUUGGGAAGAAACUCAAAAAUUUGGUCUCUUGCAUUAUAUCUGUGAAAUUGGUGGUCUUCUUGGAUUGUUAUCUGGUUAUUCCGCUAUUACCUUGUGUGAAGUUGCAGGUCUACUGUUUACUCUUUGUGGUUAUUGUGCGGUUAACUGUAAUAGAAAAACUCGUAAAACUAGUAAUAAUACGCAAACUGAGAAGGUACCUGAUGAGAGUAUGCCUGAUGAGAAGAUACCUGACGAGUGUAAAUAAAAACAAUGUGAAUAAUUGUGACCACAACAGCACAAGUGCGAAAGAAAAGGGCAAUCCCUAUAAAUAUAUCAUUGUAUAAUAAUGAAUGUGUUUCCCAAACUGAGUAAGUCUGUAAAUAUAGGACACAACGAUAGGUAAACGUUAAUGUGUUAAAACGUAAAUUAGUAAGGCUUUUUGUACGUUAUAAUAAACAUGUUUGUUUAUAUUAUUUGUGUAUUGUUUAUUUUUAAUCUUACUUUACUCGUGCUGGGGACAAAAUGCAAAAUUUAGUUGAUUUCGUUGGUGUGUAAAAAGAUUUUUUUCAAAAAUUACUUAUUCUUCUAUUUUUCUAAGAUUUUCCAUUUUCUAAAAUAUCUUAUUAGAAAAUAUUUUCACUGCUAAUAAAAAAUAUAGGUUCAUAUAUCUUAAAAAGAGAUGCUUGGACAUCUGUUCAGCAA